AUGGAGAAUUCGACUUUCGAUACAACAAAUUGCAGCAAUCUCAUUCACGAAUUGCUACAAAAACAGAGGCAAAUUGAGACUGAAUUUGAAAUCGAUUUAAAUCGUUCGAUUAUAGAAGAAGAAGAAACUAAUUGUUUUGGAGAUGAAUUCGUACCAAUAUUCAACAAUCCAGACAAUGCAGAUGAAGCAAUCGAUAAUGCAGAUGAAGCAAUUGAGAAUGCAGAAGACGCAAUUCAUAAUGCAGAAAAUCAAGUGUUACCCUAUUUAUGCUCAAAUGUUACACUCAGAUUGUAUGCAAAAAAUACAAAUCCAAUUGAUGCUUAUGGUUUAGAUCUUAGAGGAUCAUUUGCUGGUGUGGUAAGAGAAACUUUUGAAGAAAUUUUGGAAUUGUAUGAAAAACAUGCUGCUAUACUGGGGUUUUCAAUAAGAAAACAUACAACUAGAUUCAAACAACACACAAAAAUAGUAACUGAGAAAAAUUAUGUGUGUUCUGCUGAGGGAAAGAGACAUUCAGGUCAGAAGAAAACAAAGUUAGUUGAAAUGGUUGAUGAAGAGGAUGUAAAUGUAAAAACAAGAAAGCCAAGACAAGUAUCCAUUACAAGAUCAAAUUGCAAGGCAUGCAUAAGAGCAAAAGUGAAUAAAGAAGGACAGUUUGAGGUGGUGGCUCAUGUUAUUCAGCAUAACCACGAGCUAACAAAGCCACAGUGGCAUUAUUUGCAUCGUUCUGAAAGAAAAAUGACAGAGGAAAUAGUUGUAACAAUCAAAACAAUGAAAUCUUCAGGUCUAACUACAAUGGACACUUACAAUUACAUGGCUACAGAGGCUGGAGGAGAACAGAAUAUAGGCCAUAGUGUUGUAGAUCACCUGAAUUUCUGCUCAAGGUUAAGAAUGGAACAAAUUGAGGCUGGAGAUGCUCAAACUUUAGUGAACAUUUUAAGUCAGGAACAAUCAGAGGAUCCAAACUUCUUUUUUAGAGUGAAGUUUGACAAAGAAGGAAGAAUUUGCAAUAUCUUUUGGAGAGAUUCAAUGAUGCUAGAAGACUAUAGGAUAUAUGGAGAUGUUCUUGUCUUUGAUACAACAUACAGAACCAACAAAUAUAAUCUUAUAUGUGCUCCAUUUGUUGGCAUAAAUAACCACUGGCAUAAUUGUAUGUUUGCUUGUGCUUUUAUUGGGGAUGAAACGACAGAUUCAUUUGUGUGGUUACUACAAACCUUCUUCAAAGUUAUGGAGGAUAGAAAACCAACUUCAAUAUUCACUGACCAGGACCAAGCAAUGGCAAAUGCUAUACUGGAGGUGAUUCCUAAUACAAGACAUAGACUUUGUAUAUGGCAUUUGGAGCAAAAUGCCAUAACCAGAUUUGGAGCUCUUAAAACAGACAAAGAAUUCAAAUUUGCAUUCAACCAGUGCUUAAAGAUGUGUGUGACAGAACAAGAAUUCGAAGCAAAGUGGCAAGCAAUGUUGCAAAAAUAUGAGUUGACAGAACACUCUUGGUACAAAAGAGUGUAUGAGUUGAAAGACAAAUGGUGUCCUGUCCUUUGUAGAGAUUUCUUUUCAGCAGGGAUCUUAUCGUCACAAAGGAGUGAAAGCACUAAUCAUGCCAUAGGAUUCAGAGCAAGUAAAGCAACUACUUUGACAGAAUUUUAUACCAUAUUUAAGAAGACAACUAAUCGUUGGAGAAGCACAGAGAAAUAUGAUGAGUUUACCUGUAGCAAGUCAAUAGCAUUCACUUCAUUGCCUCUAUCUGGAAUGCUAAAGCAUGCUGCACAGGUUUUCACUUUAUCACUCUUUAGAAAUUUUGAAGAGGAGUUUGGAUACUCUAUGGCAACAACUGUUCAGAUGUUAGGCAGUAAUGAAGAAUUCCUACUUUAUCAAGUAACACUAGAAGACAAGCCAUGGUCUGCACAUCAAAAGUAUGUUUCAAAAAGAUGGACUAAGUUUGCAAAAACAGAGGCAUGGGAUAGGUUGAAGAAUCAGGAUCCUAAACAGCAAUAUAUUCCAUGGAGGCAAACAAUGAUGAGGAAAUACUACAAUCUAAUCUUAAAAAGUCAAGAAAAUGAAGAGACAAGAGCAUUUAUGGAAGAAAGCUUCAGAAACAGUCUUAAAAUGGUGGAAGACUUACUUGCUAGUGCUGCUCAGAAAGAAAGUGCAGAAGCUGCUUCUAACAUUCCUGAUGUGGCAGACAACACUCAAAGCAAUACUGACGCUUCUUCAGCAUCGAGUACAAGCACAUGUGUACCAAUAAUUCUUGAUCCUAAAAGGGUUGUAACAAAAGGAAGAAGCAAGAGAGCAAAAGGAGGACUUGAAAAAAGCAAGAGAAAAAGAAAACCAGCACUGCCACCUCCAAAUUCAGAAUUUGGAUCAAAGACACCUAACUUACGACUCUUUUAA